GCUGAGCCUCCGGGAGCCUUGCUGAGUCUGUAGCGUCGCGCGCGUCGCGCAGGGUGGGAGCUCCUCCGGGCGAAGGAUGCUAACCAGGAAGAGACCAGGAGACAGGAGGAGGAGAGAGGCUGGAGCCGGCGAAAGUUAGGGAGAGUCGGGACCACAACCGGGAAAAAAGAGCCCGGAAAAGAGCCAGGAGGUGAGCCGGGAGGUCAGCCGGGAGGACAGCCGGGAGGAGGGAGCCGUGGGAAAGGUGGUCCGGAGAAGGGGAUUCCUCGCUUCCCCUUGGCCCACCGGGGCAGGCCGGCGUCCUGACGAGCAGCGGGCCGGAGGAGGGGGAUGUAGGCGACGCCCCCCUCCCUGGCCGCCCCGGACCGCCCGCUCCCCCGGGAUAAGGCGCUCAACCAGCUCCCCCGCGGGGCCGCUCGGACGCCGAGGACGACGCCGCGGUCUGAGUGGACCAGGACGGGCCGGACGGCUCUGCCCCGGGCGGCAUGCACGGCACCAGCCGGAACGGGCAGGCCCACGGCCCCCGGCGGAAGCGCCGCAACCGCUUCGUCAAGAAGAACGGCCAGUGCAACGUGUACUUCGCCAACCUAAGCAACAAGUCCCAGAGGUACAUGGCGGACAUCUUCACCACCUGCGUGGACACGCGCUGGCGCUACAUGCUGAUGAUCUUCUCCGCGGCCUUCCUGGUCUCCUGGCUCUUCUUCGGCCUCCUCUUCUGGUGCAUCGCCUUCUUCCACGGGGACCUGGACGGGGGACCGGGCCCGGGGGCGGCGGGGGGCGGCGAGAGGGGGGCGGGGGGCGGGGGCGGGGGUCCCCCACCUCCCCCGGCCGUCAAGCCCUGCAUCAUGCACGUCAACGGCUUCCUGGGGGCCUUCCUCUUCUCCGUGGAGACGCAGACCACCAUCGGCUACGGCUUCCGCUGCGUGACCGAGGAGUGCCCGCUGGCCGUCAUGGCCGUGGUCGUCCAGUCCAUCGUGGGCUGCGUCAUCGACUCCUUCAUGAUCGGCACCAUCAUGGCCAAGAUGGCCCGGCCCAAGAAGCGGGCCCAGACCCUGCUGUUCAGCCACCACGCGGUCAUCUCCGUGCGCGACGGCAAGCUGUGCCUCAUGUGGCGAGUGGGCAACCUGAGGAAGAGCCACAUCGUGGAGGCCCACGUGCGCGCCCAGCUCAUCAAGCCCUACAUGACGGAGGAGGGCGAGUACCUGCCCCUGGACCAGCGGGACCUCAACGUGGGCUACGACGUGGGGCUGGACCGCAUCUUCCUCGUGUCGCCCAUCGUCAUCGUGCACGAGAUCGACGAGGAGAGCCCCCUCUACGGCAUGGGCAAGGAGGAGCUGGAGGCCGAGGACUUCGAGAUCGUGGUCAUCCUGGAGGGCAUGGUGGAGGCCACGGCCAUGACCACGCAGGCCCGCAGCUCCUACCUGGCCAGCGAGAUCCUCUGGGGCCACCGCUUCGAGCCCGUGGUCUUCGAGGAGAAGAGCCACUACAAGGUGGACUACUCCCGCUUCCACAAGACCUACGAGGUGACCGGCACGCCCUGCUGCUCGGCCCGGGAGCUCCAGGAGAGCAAGAUCACCGUCCUGCCCGCCCCGCCGCCGCCGCCCUCCAGUGCCUUCUGCUACGAGAACGAGCUCGCCCUGGUCAGCCAGGAGGAGGAGGAGGAACUGGACGAGGAGGAGGAGGAGGACGAGGAGGCGGCCGCCGCGGCCCUGGGGCUGGACGGUGGCUCCAAGGAGGAGGGAGGCAUCAUCCGCAUGCUGGAGUUCGGCAGUCACCUGGAUCUGGAGCGGAUGCAGGCCACGCUUCCGCUGGACAACAUCUCCUACCGCAGGGAGUCUGCCAUCUAGCUACGCCCACCACACGCCCCU